UAUAUAUGACAUAUGACAAAAUACCGAUCCUAUUUAGUGGGGUAACACUUGCUUGCUGCUUGUUCAAGAAGUUGUGAUAUCUUCCUUAUUCCAAGUUCUUUGAAUUUAGUUAGUGGAGAUCCUGGUGUUGGGAAGAGUACACUGUUGUUGCAGAUGGCAGCAUUGAUAGCAGAAGGAUGCAAUGGCAGUGGCGGCGAGGCCUGUCCAGUUGUAUAUGUCUAUGGUGAAGAGAGCCUUCAGCAAAUUGGUCACAGAGCAAAUCGCCUAGGGAUUAAAUCUGAUAUUUAUUUGUAUUCAAGUACUGAUAUUGAGGACAUAUUAAGGAUAGCUCAGUCUCUCCCCAUUCGAGCUCUGGUUGUUGAUUCAAUACAAACUGUUUAUUUGAAAGGAAUAGUAGGAAGUGCUGGAGGGAUUAUGCAGGUGAAAGAAUGUACUUCAGCUUUGAUGCGAUUUGCUAAAACGACUAACAUCCCAGUACUUUUGAUUGGGCAUGUAACAAAAUCUGGAGAGAUAGCCGGGCCUCGUGUUCUGGAGCAUAUUGUUGAUGUUGUCUUGUACUUGGAAGGUGAGAGGUUCACUUCAUAUCGAAUGCUCCGCGCUGUGAAAAACCGGUUUGGAUCCACUGAUGAGCUUGGAGUUUUUGAGAUGUCAGAAUCAGGAUUUCAGGCUGUUUCCAAUGCCACUGAAAUGUUUCUCACUGAACAAGACCCUGAUUCAGAUGUUUUAGUUGGGUUAGCUUUUACCGUAAUAAUGGAUGGUUCAAGAACUUUCAUAAUUGAAGUUCAGGCACUAUGCCUUUCUCGAUCCCCGGUGGGAGGAUCAACUUCAAAAGUAGUUAAUGGAGUUGACAUAAAUAGAGCUAACAUGAUCAAAUGUGUUCUUAUAAAGCAAGCAGGUCUUCAUAUCCCAUCUGUGCAUUUUAAUGUUGUUAGUGGAUUGACAUUGACUGAGACUGCUGGAGAUCUUGCAAUAGAAGCUGCAAUUUGCAGCAGUUUCUUGGAGUACCCUAUUCCAAAGGGCAUUGCUUUCAUUGGUGAAAUUGGUCUUAGUGGAGAGCUUCGCACGGUUCCUAGAAUCGACAAAAGAGUACACGCAUUGGCAAAGUUGGGUUACAAAACCUGUGUAGUACCAAAGCAAGCAGUAAAAGCUUUAGGAACUGAAGGUCUGGAAAAUAUUAAAAUAGUAGGAUGCAAGAAUCUGAAGGAGUUUAUUAAUGUAGUAUUCAGUAGAUAAAUACAAUUAAAACAAGCUGCUAAAAUUGUGCAGAUCUCUUUGUUUUGUAAGAUGUACAAUUUGACACUUUCAGAAGUUUGUAAAUAUAGAUAUACUAUAGUUUUGUU